UUCCUGAAAUGUCAUUCUUUGAAGUUGGGAAUCUUCUGAGUCUGAAGCAUCCUGCCUCACAGGUUUGCUCGCGCUCACCCGUGCCUUCCCUCAGUCCCUCUCAUCUCGCUUAGAUUCCGUCUCUCGUGACCCAGUGACAUGAACUUGGGAAGAGGCUGCACUGGGCAUGGUCCUGGGAAGGGCUCACACCCAGACAUGGAUGGAGACGGGGUGAGGGUCCCGUGGUGUCAGUGCUGUUGGGCAGCAGGGAUUGUUCAGGGGCCACAUCUGGAUGCACUGUCACCUCUCUGUGGAGCAGGAUUAGAGCAGCUGCACAUGGAAGUCACGUGUUAAUGUGCACAAACACCUGCUAAAUUAUGUAAAAUAAGACUAAUAAGGGGAAAUUUUUCUGGCUCAUUUACAUUUCAUUUGAAGCUCACCAAGUGAGUCACUGUGUUUCUAACCACAAACUCUUAUUAAUGACUGGGAAUGGAAUGGGAAUUUUAGACUGACAGACAUCAGUGACAGAGGGUUCUUUCAUCCCAUCAUCUAUUUUAAUACAUGAAAUCAACCUAAAUGGAAAAUGCAGGAGAAUCAUUGAACUAUUCUCAGAAAACCCACACAAUGGAGACUGGUGUUUCUGCAGGGACCCUUGUGCUACUGGUGCUAGGGACAGGUGACAUUCAGGGAUGUGGCUAUAGAAUUCUCUCAGGAGGAGUGGACAUGCCUGGACCCCGCUCAGAGGACUUUGUACAGGGACGUGAUGUUGGAGAAUUAUAGGAACUUGGCCUCCCUGGCAGGAAUCUCUUGUUUUGACCUCAGUAUUAUCUCUAUGUUGGAGCAAGGGAAGGAGCCUUUCACUGUGGAGAGCCAAGUACAAAUAGCAAGAAACCCAGAUGGAUGGGAAUGGAUCAAAGCUGUGAUCACAGCUCUCUCUUCUGAAUUUGUAAUGAAAGAUUUACCACACAAAGGGAAGAGUAAUACAGGAGAAGUAUUCCAAACACUGAUGUUGGAAAGACAGGAAGGCCAUGACAUUGAAGGAUGUUCUUUCAGGGAAGUCCAGAAAAAUACGCAUGACCUUGAGUAUCAAUGCAGAGAUGCUGAAGGAAAUUACAAAGGAGUGCUUUUGACACAAGAAGGCAAUCUCACUCGUGGAAGAGAUGAACAUGACAAAAGAGAUGCAAGAAACAAGCUUAUUAAAAAUCAGCUUGGAUUAAGCCUUCAGUCACAUCUGCCUGAACUGCAGCUUUUUCAAUAUGAAGGGAAAAUUUAUGAAUGUAAUCAGGUUGAGAAGUCUUUCAACAAUAGUUCCUCAGUUUCACCACCUCAACAAAUGCCUUAUAAUGUCAAAACCCACAUUUCUAAGAAAUAUCUCAAAGAUUUUAUCUCUUCUUUAUUACUCACACAGGGACAAAAAGCAAAUAAUUGGGGAAGCCCUUACAAAUCUAACGGAUGUGGCAUGGUCUUUCCUCAAAAUUCACACCUUGGAAGUCAUCAGAGAAAUCAUACUAAAGAGAAACCUUACAAAUGUUAUGAGUGUGGCAAAGCCUUUAGAACACGUUCAAACCUAACUACCCAUCAGGUGAUCCAUACUGGCGAAAAACGUUACAAAUGUAGUGAGUGUGGUAAGGUCUUUAGUCGAAAUUCACAACUCUCACAACAUCGGAAAAUUCACACUGGAGAGAAACCUUAUAAAUGUAACGAAUGUGGCAAGGUCUUCACUCAGAAUUCACACCUUGCAAGACAUCGAGGAAUUCAUACUGGAGAGAAACCUUACAAGUGUAAUGAGUGUGGGAAAGCCUUUAGAGCUCGUUCAAGCUUAGCUAUCCAUCAGGCAACCCACAGUGGAGAAAAACCUUACAAAUGUAAUGAAUGUGGCAAGGUCUUCACGCAAAAUUCACACCUUACGAAUCACUGGAGAAUUCACACUGGAGAGAAACCUUACAAGUGUAAUGAGUGCGGCAAAGCCUUUGGUGUUCGUUCAAGCCUAGUUAUUCAUCUGGUAAUUCACACUGGAGAAAAGCCUUACAAAUGUCAUGAAUGUGGCAAGGUCUUUAGGCGUAAUUCACACCUUGCAAGGCAUCAGCUAAUUCAUACUGGAGAGAAACCUUACAAGUGUAAUGAGUGCGGCAAAGCCUUUAGAGCACAUUCAAACCUAACUACCCAUCAGGUCAUCCAUACUGGAGAAAAACCUUACAAAUGUAAUGAAUGUGGCAAGGUCUUCACUCAAAAUUCACACCUUGCAAAUCAUCAAAGAAUUCAUACUGGAGUGAAACCUUAUAUGUGUAAUGAGUGCGGCAAAGCCUUCAGUGUGUAUUCAAGCCUAACUACCCAUCAGGUCAUCCAUACUGGAGAAAAACCUUACAAAUGUAAUGAAUGUGGCAAGGUCUUCACUCAGAAUUCACACCUUGCAAGACAUCGGGGAAUUCAUACUGGAGAGAAACCUUAUAAAUGUAAUGAAUGUGGCAAGGUCUUUAGGCAUAAUUCAUACCUUUCAAGGCAUCAGCGAAUUCAUACUGGAGAGAAACCUUACAAGUAUAAUGAGUAUGGCAAAGCCUUUAGUGAACAUUCAAACCUAACUACCCAUCAGGUCAUCCAUACUGGCGAAAAACCUUACAAAUGUCAUGAGUGUGGCAAGGUCUUCACUCAGAAUUCACACCUUGCAAGACAUCGGAGAGUUCAUACUGGAGGUAAACCUUACAAGUGUAAUGAAUGUGGCAAAGCCUUUAGUCAAACAUCAAAGCUUGCAAGGCAUCAGAGAGUUCAUACUGGAGAGAAACCAUAUGAGUGUAGUGAGUGUGGGAAAGCCUUUAGUGUCCGUUCAAGCCUAACUACCCAUCAGGCAAUCCAUACUGGAAAAAAACCUUACAAAUGCAAUGAGUGUGGGAAGGUCUUCACUCAGAAUUCACACCUUGCAAGACAUCGGGGAAUUCAUACUGGAGAGAAACCUUACAAAUGUAAUGAGUGUGGCAAAGCCUUUAGUCAAACUUCAAAACUUGCAAGGCAUCAGAGAGUUCAUACCAGAGAGAAACCAUAUGAGUGUGGGAAACCCUUUAGUAUCUCUUCAAGCCUAACUACACAUCAGACAAUCCAUACUGGUGGAAAACCUUACAAAUGUAACGUGUGGAAAGUUCUAAAGUCAGAGUUCAAACCUUGCAAGUCAUCACAGAAUUCAUAGUGGAGAGAAACCUUACAAAUGAAGGUGGUAACUUUUGCAGUUAGAAUUCAUUCCUUUGACAACAUCAGAGAAUUUAUGCCCAUGAGAUUCCUUGAAAAUGCAAUGACUGGCUGGGUGCAGUGGCUCACACCUGUAAUCCCAACACUUUGGGAGUCCAAGGCAGGUGGAUCACCUGAGGUCAGGAGUUCAAGACCAGCCUGACCAACAUGAUGAAACCCCAUUUCUACUAAAAGUACACAAUUAGCUAGGCCUGGUGGCGUGCGCCUGUAAUCCCAGCUAUAAAGGAGGCUGAGGCAGGAGAAUCACUUGAACCCAGGGGGCGGAGGUUGCAGUGAGCCAAGAUCGUGCCAGUGCACUCCAUCCUGGGCAAAAAGAGUGAAACUCCAUCUUAAAGGAAAAAAAAAAUGCAAUGACUCUGGCAAACUCUUCAUGAGUUCAAGUAUUAAUAGACAUCCAAGAGUCCAUAAUAAUGAGAAAUCACAUAAAUGUACUGUGUGUGGCAGAGGCUUUAUUCAGGCCUCACAGCUUUGCAGCCAUUAAAAUCUACGUAUUUGAUGGCACCACACAAAUGUAAUGUGUAAGAGCAUCCUGAAGCUCUUACUCUAAGACUGUAACUGUAGGUGAGGAUUCAUGUAAAGAGUGACUCAGUCUCUAGUUCUUUGAUUCACUUUUAACAUGAUAAACUGCACAAUAAUUACGUGUCCCAAUAUGGCAAAACUUAAGACAUUAUAUAUUUCAGAGGUCAAAGGACAUUUGGAAAUGGCUACUUACCUUCAGGUUAUAAAAUCUUUGAUUCCGCCUCUCCCUCUCCCUCUCCCUCUCCGUCUCCAUCUCCCUCCUUUCUUCGGUCUCCCUUUCCUUUUUUUGGUCUCCCUCUGUUGCCGAAGCUGGACUGUACUGCCGUGAUCUCGGCUCGCUGCAACCUCCCUGCCUCGGGCUCCUGUGAUUCUCCUGCCUCGGCCUGCUGAGUGCCUGGGAUUGCAGGCGCGCGCCACCACACCUGACUGGUUUUUGUAUUUUUGGUGGAGACGGGGUUUCGCCGUGUUGACCGGGCUGGUCUCCAGCUCCUGGCCUCGAGUGAUCUGCCCGCCUCGGCCUCCCGAGGUGCUGGGAUUGCAGACGGAGUCUCGCUCACUCAAUGCUCAAUGUUGCUUAGGCUGGAGUGCAGUGGCAUGAUCUCGGCUCGCUACAACCUCCACCUCCCAGCUGCCUGCCUUGGCCUCCUAAAGUGCUAAGAUUACAGCCUCUGCCCCGCCGCCACCCCGUCUAGGAAGUGAGGAGCGUGCCUGCCCGGCCGCCCAUCGUCUGGGAUGUGAGGAGCGCCUCUGCCCGGCCUCCCUGUCUGGGAAGUGAGGAGCGCCUCUGCCCAGUCGCCCCGUCUGGGAGGUGAGCACCUCUGCCUGGCCGCCCCGUCUGGGAGGUGAGGAGCGCCUCUGCCCGGCUGCCACUCCGUCUGGGAGGAAGUGAGUAGCGCCUCUGCCCGGCCACCCCAUCUGGUAAGUGAGGAGUGCCUCUGCCCGGCCGCCCCGUCUGGAAAGUGAGGAGCGCCUCUGCCCGGCCGCCCUGUCUGGGAAGUGAGGAGCGCCUCUGCCUGGCCGCCACUCCAUCUGGGAGGAAGUGAGGAGCACCUCUGCCUGGCCGCCCCAUCUGGGAAGUGAGGAGCGCCUCUGCCCGGCCGCCCCGUCUGGGAGGUGAGGAGCGCCUCUGCCCGGCCGCCACCCCGUCUGGGAAGUGAGGAUCGCCUCUGCCUGGCCGCCCCGUCUGGGAGGUGAGGAGCGCCUCUGCCCGGCCGCCCAUUGUCUGGGAGGUGAGGAGCGCCUCUGCCCGGCCGCCCCAUCUGGGAAGUGAGGAGCGCCUCUGCCCGGCCGCCCCAUCUGGGAAGUGAGGAGCGCCUCUGCCCGGCCGCCACCCCGUCUGGGAAUUGAGGAGCGCCUCUGCCCGGCCGCCCUGUCUGGGAGGUGAGGAGCGCCUCUGCCCGGCCGCCCUGUCUGGGAAGUGAGGAGCGCCUCUGCCCGGCCGCCCCGUCUGGGAGGUUAGGAGCACCUCUGCCCGGCUGCCACCCCGUCUGGGAGGAAGUGAGGAGCGCCUCUGCCCAGCUGCCCCGUCUGGGAAGUGAGGAGCACCUCUGCCCGGCCGCCCCCUCUGGGAGGUGAGGAGCACCUCUGCCCGGCCGCCACCCCGUCUGGGAGGAAGUGAGGAGCGCCUCUGCCCGGCCGCCCCGUCUGGGAGGUGAGGAGCGUCUCUGCCCGGCCGCCCCGUCUGGGAAGUGAGCGCCUCUGCCCGGCCACCCCGUCUGGGAAGUGAGGAGCGCCUCUGCCCGGCCGCCCUGUCUGGGAAGUGAGGAGCGCCUCUGCCCGGCCGCCCUGUCUGGGAGGUGAGGAGCGCUUCUGCCGGGCCGCCCUGUCUGGGAGGUGUACCCAACAUCUCCGAAGAGACAGCGACCAUCGGGAGCGGGCCAUGAGGACGAUGGCGGUUUUGUUGAAGAGAAGGGGGGGAAGUGUGGGGAAAGGAAGGAGAGAUCAGAUUGUUGCUGUGUCUGUGUAGAAAGAGGUGGGCAUAGGAGACUCCAUUUUGUUCUGACUAGGAGAAAUUCUUCUGCCUUGGGAUGCUGUUGAUCUAUGGCCUUGCCCCCAGCCCCGUGCUCUCUGAAACAUGUGCUGUGUCAACUGAGGGUUAAAUGGAUUAAGGGCGGUGCAAGAUGUGCUUUGUUAAACAGAUGCUUGAAGGCAGCAUGCUCUUUAAGAGUCAUCACCACUCCCUAAUCUCAAGUACCCAGGGGCACAAACACUGCAGAAGGCCGCAGGGUCCUCUGCCUAGGAAAACCAGAGACCUUUAUUCAUGUGUUUAUCUCCUGACCUUCUCUCCACUAUUAUCCUAUGACCCUCCCAUAUCCCCCUCUCCGAGAAACACCCAAGAAUGAUCAAUAAAUACUUAAUUUAAAAAAAA